AUGGCGGGCGUUAUCGCGAAGAUAAUAUCCAAGAAAAUCCUUAAGGAGUCGGCGGGCAACCAAUUUGGAGUUGAGGACCCGUACUUCGAACAAGUUCCCGCGACGAGACUCGAUGGCACGCCCACUGGCAAAUUCAAGAAAGUCCGCAAAGCACUACCGCCAGGCCUUUCGGACCACGAUGCCAAGAUUUUGACCAAAGUUAAGAGAAGAGCAUACAGAUUGGACAUGAGCUUUGGUAGCUUCCUAGGUCUGAAGUUCGGUUGGGGUAGCAUCAUAGGCUUGGUCCCUGUGGCUGGUGAUAUUAUCGAUGCGUUCAUGGCCAUGAUGGUAGUACGCACCGCCAGGCAGGUUGAAGGAGAUCUUCCUGUUCAGGUCUACACCUGGAUGUACGUGCUCGUGAUCAUAGACUUCAUCGCGGGGCUUGUUCCUUUCGUCGGGGACAUUGCAGAUGCCGCCAUUCUCGCCAACACGCGCAAUGCGGUGGCGUUGGAAGAUUAUCUCCGUAAGAAGGGCAAGAAGAAUCUCCGCGCUAGUAAAUUGCCGGUGCCCGACGUGGAUCCUAGUGAUCCAGUCGAAUUCGAUCGGUUCAACUCUGAGUCACCUGGGCGCGCGUCGUCUCGAGCCCCGCGUCCCGCUGAGACAGGGGUUACUCAUCCUCCGCAGGAAAGCGGUGUGGCUCCGAGAAACACUCAGCCUUCACGGCCUGCUCAAGCAGUGGUCCAUGAUGAUCGGCAGGGCGGCUCUCGAAGAGGAUUCUUCGGCAUGGGUAGCAAGAGAUCGCGCCCAGCUGACGUCGAGGCUGGAAGAAGAUAG